AUGGCAUUGACUUUGGUGCCUCAAAAGCUGCAUUUGCAGAGGCUAAAGUUACAAUCUUCACAAACAAUGGCGAGUUCAUCAUCAGCAGAAGAUGACGGAGCACCAUUAGCAUUGCCUAGCUUGCAAGGAAACGACAACACAAAAGAGUUGUCUGUGCUGCAAAUGGAGAUGAAUCGCAUGAAAGAAGAGAAAAAAGUGUUGAGGAAAGCGGUGGAGAAAACUUUGCAGGAUUACAACCAUCUCCAGAUGAAGUUUGCUCUUAUUCAGCAAAACAACCCAUUGAAGGACCCUCGAAUCUUUCUCUCACCAAAUGGAAAUGGAGGUUUAAUUCAAGAACAACGGCAGGGAAUUGAAAGAGACUUAAAUAUUGUCAACAACCCAAGACAUGGGUCACCAUCACCAGGUGACAGCGACGGUGAAGAUGAUCACGAACUGGGGUUGUCCUUAACGCUGAAAACCAGCUCAAUUCAACCAGAAAUUCGAGAAGAAGAAACCCCAAACGAUGUGCAGAACAAGCUUCAACAAACUCAUUCAUCUGCAAUCACAAGCCAUGCUGUUUCCACAUUCAACAGGAAAGCUAGGGUUUCCAUCAGAGCAAGAUGUCAAACAGCUACAAUGAACGAUGGGUGUCAAUGGAGGAAAUAUGGCCAGAAGAUUACAAAAGGAAAUCCUUGCCCACGAGCUUACUAUAGUUGCACGGUAGCUCCGGGAUGCCUGGUCAGGAAGCAAGUGCAACGAUGCAUCGACGACAUGUCGAUUCUUAUUACAACAUACGAAGGAACCCACAAUCAUCCGCUCCCUGCGGGUGCACCCGCCAUGGCUUCCACAGCUUCAUCAACAGCUUUACCAGCUUCGACCUUCAUGUUACUGGAUUCGGGCCAUGGUAUCGCGAACCCUCACCUCAUGAACUCAUCGGCUGCUUCCAUGAACGUUAACUACCCUUCAAUAGGAAUGGUUCUUAGCCUCACAAACAAUCAACAUUUCGAUAAUCAAAUAUUGCCCUCGGUUCCGUUAGCUCAUCAACAAGCUUUCCCGUGGAUGCCGAGCAGAUAA